AUGGGAUUGAGCCUGUUUAAAGAAUUGAAAAGGCAUAUGGAUGGAUCUGCUGGAAAUAAAAACAAGUGCUUUAUGGGAAAAAUGAGCACGAAGAGACAGAGAAAAUUAUUUUGCAUGACUUCUUCUGUCUUGUUAUUACUUACUCAAGUCUGGAUGCGAUCACGACAUGACAGUUUAUAA